GCCAUUUCUGGCUGUAUCUUUCUACCACCGAUGCUCGCUUUUACACCAAUACCAGUUCACAUUUGUUAAUCGACUAAUUCGAAUGUCAUCUGUAUAAUUUCCCACGCCGCAAAAUUGUUUACCGAGUGUGGACCACAUCGCGUAAGCUAUUUCGUUCACUGAUGUUUCUACACGUUUCACUGCGAAAGACACGCGUCGUUUAGGUGCAAUAAGAGAGGACAGGUUCUUUUAGUAGAGACGAGGCAUUAACAUGAAGCAAGUGUUCGUUCUUGUGGUGGUUCUUGUACUUCUUAACGGAGUUUCUACAGACGACGGUUUGGAAAGUAAUGAGUUUUUUGAAAUCGACACAAGCAAGCUAGACAAAAAUGGCCCAGUUCGAUUCGGUGCACAAAUAUAUUCAAGCACCCCUGACAUGUAUGAACCAAUAAUCAAACAACUUGGAUCAGUAUUUAACCUUGCGCAGUGGAGCGCUGUAUGGGAAGUUUCAGGCGCUUAUCCAGCUCCGAGAAACGCCUCUGACGAAGAGAUGGAAAGAUGGGUGGAUAGCAUUUAUAGAGUGAUCAGCGACACGGUACCAAUGAUGAAGCAAAUCAGCGACAGUAUGUUCAACAACAGCAUAGACGUUGUAGCAUACAGUGCGACCGCUCCUAACACUUACUACAUGCAUCCAAACCAGAUGGUAGAGUUCAGAAAACGACUGAAAGCGGAAAAAGACGGCAUUGAGGUAGAAACACCCACUGAGUUAACGAAAGAAGAAUACAUCGAAAAAAUGCAAAACGAAAACGAGUUUGAUAAAUUCAAUCAACUGGUUGCUGAAUUCGUUCCAGAUUUCGCAAAGUUUUGGGCGGUAUCGUUGGACCAAUUGUACAAAAAAGGCCUAAAAUUUCCCUUUAUCGAGCUGAGUUUGGAACCAGACAGUCGGGACUACAUGUACAUUGAUCCGAUUGAUUUUGCUGAACUUAUGAAAACAACUGUACAAGAAAUCAAAGCGAAGGGAAUACCUAUGGACAGACACAAGAUUUUUGCACCAGGGACCAGCAGCCCGAUAGCUGCGAAACCAUACGUGGAAGAAAUAGUUAAAGACCGUGACACGUACGACGCCAUUUACUCAUGGAGUAUUCAUAUUAACGAUAAUGGGCAAUCACUGAAAGAGAUUGAACGACAAAUACAAGGUUUUCGACAAAUUCUGCAGGCUACCGUCCCAUCUUCCUGGCCAAAGAAGCCGAUCGUCGUGACGUCAUUCGGCAUGACCGCUGAAGCGGAACUGGUUAACAACGGCGUCCAAUUUUCUGGGGACUUAAAAACAUGUUACUCUAAACUUUACGGCGAAUUAAAUAAGAAACCAGAAGACUUAUCGAAUGCGAUGUGUCAGUCGCCCAUUGUAGGAGUAAGAUUGCUGGCCAACUUGUUCCUGCAAUAUUCACACACCUUCACACAAUCCAUAUACACCCGACUAGUAGACCAUGUAUGGUCCAUGGCAUGUGAUGGAUUGGUGGAUAGAUUCAGCAAACCGAAGCAGAUUCUGGUUGCAUUCAAAACAUUCUUACCAUACCUGAAUGAACACACCUAUGCCAUUACCAAGCAAUGGACGAAUACCGAAGACUGCUUCACUGUUGGGUUAAAGUCGGACACACGUAUCGUAAUUGGCAUGGCUAACUUAGGGCACCAAGGAUGCUCCAGAAGUUUCAGUCUUUCUGGUUUAGGAGACAAAAAAGUUACAGAAGCGUUUGGUGUGACUUACAACAACGGGACUGUUUCGUUGACGGCUACUGAACCAUCUGAAGCACUUGUGACGAAAACAACACUCGGUUAUGACGUAUUUCCCGCCGAAAGUGAUCCAGCUAGUGACGUAGUCGAAUUUGACGUCACGCUUGUACCAAAUGCAAGCGCUACGUUGGUGCUUGAUUUGGGUGAAGCGGAUAAAGUAACAGAGUCGGUACAAGAUGAACAAAGCGGAAGGCAUACAGAGCUUUGAGAUUUACUGCGUUUUGGAACUGUUUUUAUAAACAUGCGGCUGUCGCUAUAUCCGCCACUUAUACAAAACUAAAGACCCGAAUGCGUAUAACGGAUUAUAAGGGCACUUAUCUAACAGUUGAUUGGAAAAAUUGAAGUACAAAAUAUUUAUACUGUUCGGUGAAGAAUAAAAAUGGCGGUUCAGA